AUGAAGAGUACUCUUACAUUCACGCUUCGGCGGGCCAUGUCCACAUUGACAAAGGAAGCGGGAGACAUCAGCUCGGUGUUCCCGUCCCUGUCGGGCAAGAGGCCGGAGCCGUUGGCACCGCGGUUCAGUGACCUGAAGAAGUCGCUUGUCAAGGGCAAUGAAGAUGCGGUGGUGGCUUCGUGGCAGAGAAUUAUGGGGAGUCUGGAGCGGGAGAUUGCCGAGAUCAGAGAACAGGGCAGUGAGGUCAUUCCUAGCAUCGAGUUCGGGCAUGUGGCCGCGGGCACGGUCCCUCAAUCAAAGCUGGACGCGGUUCGACGUCGAGGCACAGCUGUGAUUCGGAAUGUCUUGCCUCGGGAACAGGCGCUCGAUCUCAAACAAAAGGCGAGGGAUUAUAUCGCCGCGAAUCGGCCCAAAGUUAGGGCGUUCCCGGCUGAUGACCCCGCUGUAUAUGAGCUGUACUGGACGCCGUCUCAAGUCCAGGCACGGGCACACCCAAACAUGCUGAAGGCGCAGUCUUUUCUGGCUUCUUUCUGGCACUCGUCGGACCCUUCGUCCGAGAUAUCGACAACCUACCCUCUCUCGUAUGCCGAUCGAUUCCGCAUCCGUCAACCCGGGGAUGCAAAGUUCGCGUUGGGCUGUCAUACAGAUGGCGGAAGUCUUGAGCGCUGGGAGGACCCUGAGUAUUCCCGGGUGUAUCAGGCCAUCUUGGAGGGUCGGUGGGAAGAGUACGAUCCAUUUGAUGCCCGUCACCGCAUCGCAGCAAGAAUGGACUUGUACAACGGUGCGGGGGCUUGCAGCAUGUUCCGCUUGUUCCAGGGCUGGCUUUCGAUGUCUUCAACGGGGCCCGGAGAAGGAACACUGAAAGUUUGUCCAUUGGUUCGGCAUGCAACCUCAUACUUGAUGUUGAGACCCUUUAUCAACUUGGAGACUGGCAAGUUAAACCUGGACGCCACCUUUCCGAACUCAGUACCGGCUGCUUGUCAAGAGUACGAUCCAGUCUCCCAUCCGGGUCUGGAGCUAGAAACAACCAUGGUGAGCAUGCCACAGGUCGAACCGGGUGACUAUGUCGCAUGGCACUGUGACAUGAUCCAUGCUGUCGACAAAGAGCAUCGUGGUACAAGUGACAGUAGCGUCAUGUAUAUUCCUGCAUGCGCCGUCACCAAACCGAAUCUCCAGUUCCUGAAGAGACAACGCUUGAGUGCAUUGAGAUACAGCCCACCUCCUGACUUCCCAGGGGCUGGUGGUAACGGUGAGAUCGGAUUUGAAGGAGCUACUGAUUGGACCCAAGUCAGUGAGGAGGGCAAAAGGGCUAUGGGAUUGGGAAACCGGUGCUGGGAUGUCAGCCCGGCGAUGAGUGAAGGCGAGCAGAAAGUCCUGGAAAGUGGCAACAGAAUCUUGUUUGGAUGA